AUGCCCACUCGACCAACAAUCUCCAUCCUCCCUGCAUCCCCAGAAGAUGCGCCCUCACUAACUCGCGUCCACGGCGAUGCAUUCCGAGACUGCAUGCUCAACGACCUCAUGUUUGGUCCUCCGACAGAGGAGAACCUGAAGGGGUUCGCAGGCGAGCUAGCGGAACUCAUCGCCAGCGAUAUAACAGCAAGAUUCGCGAAAGCCGUCGACAACGACACGAAUAAGAUCGUAGGCUGGAGCUGGUGGAAUUUGUAUCCCGAUCGCGACUCGCGAUCGGGAGGCUCGCAAGCUCUCGCAGAGAAGCUUGGUGCCCCGCCUGAGUCUGCUAUCAGUCCUGAGGCGUAUAAGGAGUAUUUCCAGGGGGCGGCCGCGAGACAGGAGAAAUGGAUUGGUGGGCGGCCUUUUGCUUUUCUAAGAGUCCUUGUCGUUCUCCCAGAGUACCAGAGGAAGGGGAUUGGUGCGAAUCUUGUGGCAAUGGGGCUGGAAGAGGCUGCAACUUGUAACCUGCCGGUCUGGUUGGAAUCUUCUGAAGUGGGCUAUGAUUUAUACAAGAAGCUGGGCUUCAAGGAUCUCAACGAUAGCAUUGUUAUUGACUUGGCCAAGUACGGAGAGUCGGGAAUAUCGACUACGGCGUGUAUGUGGUUGGAGACUGGGAACCAUUGA